GCUCAAACUCACCGACCAGGUGGGGAAAUGGCAGAAUGGAGAGGUGUAAUGACUUGCCUGAGGUUAUACAGGGGUUAGUGACACUCUUCAGUGCUCAGACUGGAAGAUUUCCCACUUCCAAGUUCAAGUUCCUGGGUUGGGACCAUCGUUCAGUUGUGUAAAGAAUAAAGGCCACCAUUGGUCCAAGCAAUCUUCAGCGGUGAUCCAGAGGAGAUACGGAUGCUCAUCUACAAAACGGAAGAUGUGAAUGCUCUGGAUUCUGAGAAGCGAACCCCGCUUCACGUGGCUGCGUUUCUGGGAGAUGCAGAGAUCAUUGAACUCCUGAUUCUGUCAGGAGCUCGUGUGAAUGCCAAGGACAACAUGUGGCUGACCCCGCUGCACCGGGCUGUUGCUUCCAGAAGUGAAGAAGCGGUGCAAGUGUUGAUUAAGCACUCGGCUGACGUCAACGCGAGAGACAAGAACUGGCAGACCCCGCUCCACGUGGCAGCAGCCAAUAAGGCUGUCAAGUGUGCAGAAGUCAUCAUUCCCCUGCUGAGCAGCGUCAAUGUCUCUGACCGAGGGGGACGCACAGCCUUGCACCAUGCCGCUCUGAAUGGCCACGUGGAGAUGGUUAAUUUACUCUUGGCCAAAGGGGCAAACAUCAAUGCGUUUGACAAGAAGGAUCGGCGUGCUCUGCACUGGGCAGCUUAUAUGGGCCACCUGGACGUUGUGGCGUUGCUCGUUAACCACGGCGCGGAAGUGACGUGUAAGGAUAAGAAGGGCUACACGCCCCUGCAUGCCGCGGCCUCCAACGGGCAGAUCAGCGUUGUCAAGCAUCUCCUGAAUCUGGGGGUGGAGAUUGAUGAAAUCAACGUGUAUGGAAACACGGCCCUCCACCUGGCCUGCUACAACGGGCAGGAUGCUGUAGUCAACGAGCUGACCGACUACGGUGCUAACGUGAACCAGCCCAAUACCAGCGGGUUCACCCCGUUGCAUUUUGCUGCUGCCUCCACACACGGUGCUUUGUGUCUUGAGCUAUUAGUAAACAACGGGGCGGAUGUUAACAUUCAGAGUAAAGAUGGUAAAAGUCCUCUGCACAUGACAGCUGUCCACGGAAGGUUCACACGGUCACAAACCCUCAUUCAGAAUGGAGGUGAAAUUGACUGUGUGGAUAAGGAUGGCAACACUCCUCUCCAUGUGGCUGCAAGAUACGGUCAUGAACUUUUGAUUAACACCUUAAUAACCAGUGGAGCUGACACAGCCAAGUGUGGAAUCCAUAGCAUGUUCCCCUUACAUUUAGCUGCCCUCAAUGCUCACUCUGACUGCUGCAGAAAGUUAUUGUCAUCGGGCUUUGAAAUAGACACCCCAGAUAAAUUUGGAAGAACGUGCCUUCAUGCUGCUGCUGCAGGAGGUAAUGUGGAAUGUAUAAAACUCUUGCAGAGCAGCGGAGCAGAUUUCCAUAGAAAGGACAAGUGUGGGAGGACCCCUCUGCACUAUGCAGCUGCAAAUUGUCAUUUCCAUUGUAUUGAGACAUUAGUGACCACAGGGGCCAGCGUUAAUGAAACUGAUGACUGGGGCCGCACCGCUUUGCACUAUGCUGCUGCAUCAGACAUGGAUAGAAAUAAGACUAUCUUAGGAAACGCCCAUGAAAAUUCCGAAGAACUUGAAAGAGCCAGAGAGCUGAAAGAAAAGGAAGCUGCAUUAUGUCUAGAGUUUCUGCUUCAACAUGAUGCAAAUGCAUCUAUCCGGGACAAGGAAGGCUACAAUAGCAUACAUUAUGCUGCUGCCUAUGGCCACAGACAAUGUCUGGAAUUGCUUUUGGAGAGAACCAACAGUGUUUUUGAAGAGUCAGAUGCUGGUGCUACCAAGAGUCCGCUCCACUUAGCUGCCUACAAUGGGCACCACCAGGCCUUGGAAGUUCUUCUGCAGUCGCUGGUGGACCUGGACAUCAGGGAUGAGAAAGGCCGCACUGCUCUGGAUCUGGCUGCCUUUAAGGGACACACAGAAUGUGUGGAAGCACUUAUCAAUCAGGGUGCAUCCAUCUUUGUGAAAGACAAUGUAACCAAAAGAACCCCACUUCAUGCCUCAGUAAUUAAUGGUCACACACUGUGUUUGCGGCUAUUACUAGAAAUUGCAGACAACCCAGAAGUGGUUGACGUGAAAGAUGCCAAAGGACAAACCCCACUGAUGCUUGCAGUAGCAUAUGGACACAUUGAUGCUGUUUCGUUGUUACUUGAAAAGGAAGCAAAUGUGGAUGCUGUUGACAUCAUGGGCUGCACAGCUUUACACAGAGGGAUUAUGACAGGACAUGAGGAAUGUGUGCAAAUGCUGCUGGAACAAGAAGUGUCGAUUCUGUGUAAAGACUCCAGAGGGAGGACACCCUUGCACUAUGCGGCUGCUCGUGGCCAUGCCACGUGGCUGAGUGAGCUGCUGCAGAUAGCACUUUCCGAGGAGGACUGUUCUUUCAAAGAUAACCAGGGCUACACACCGCUGCACUGGGCUUGUUACAAUGGUAAUGAAAACUGCAUAGAGGUACUUUUGGAGCAAAAAUGUUUUCGAAAAUUUACUGGUAAUCCCUUCACUCCACUGCACUGUGCAAUAAUAAAUGAUCAUGAGAAUUGUGCAUCAUUGCUACUUGGGGCCAUAGAUUCCAGUAUUGUCAAUUGUAGGGAUGACAAAGGAAGGACACCACUUCAUGCGGCAGCAUUUGCUGAUCACGUGGAGUGCUUGCAGCUUCUUCUGAGACACAACGCUCAAGUCAACGCAACAGACGAUUCAGGGAAAACAGCACUGAUGAUGGCUGCUGAGAACGGGCAGGCCAGCGCUGUGGAUAUUUUGGUGAACAGUGCCCAGGCUGACCUGACUGUAAAGGAUAAGGACUUGAACACACCCUUACAUCUGGCUAGUAGUAAAGGUCAUGAAAAAUGUGCCUUGUUAAUACUUGACAAGAUACAAGACGAGAGCCUUAUUAAUGCAAAAAACAAUGCACUGCAGACACCCCUCCACGUUGCUGCGCGCAAUGGCUUGAAGGUAGUCGUUGAGGAGCUGCUAGCCAAAGGGGCUUGCGUACUUGCUGUAGACGAAAAUGGUCAUACCCCGGCCCUGGCUUGCGCUCCUAACAAAGACGUGGCUGACUGCCUGGCCCUCAUUCUGGCUACCAUGAUGACUUUUUCUCCUUCCAGUACCAUGACGGCUGUCAACUUCGUUUGUUUUAAAAAAGACAGUUUGAGCAGGACGACCCUCUCCAACCUGGGUAGCAUGGUUAGCCUGUGCAGUAACAACGUAGGCUCGGAGGAUGGGUACAAUGAAAAUGAUUCUGAUUCGGAAACAUUUUGACUUUGGACUGUAGAAGCUUUUCCUUGAUCACCCAUGUUGGAGGAAGGGAAAGAAGCUUGAAUUCCAGGUUUAUGUUGUAUUCAAGUAUUAUUAUGGGCCUGAGCUUCCAGAAGCCAGUAGAGAAGGAAUUAAUUAAACCGAGGGAAGGCAGCUAGGCUGUAGGGCAAAGCACUCACACAGAUGGGCCUCGAUUUUGCUUUGUUUCAUAUUUUCCUUAGAUCUGAGAUACUUCUGUGAAAGUCUACCUCUCAUUUUAAGUAAGGAAUAAAAAAAUGCAUUUAAUUCUUUUUCUUUGUGGAUAAUGCAACUGAGAGGGAACUGGUCUCUAAAAGAUUUUUUUUCAUGUACUCACUCGGCGGUGAGUUCUCAGAAGUGUAUCAAUAUGACAUUCAUGUCCCCCAGGAGGGGAGGGAAUGGCUGGGUAGGAAAUGCCUCAAACCUCUUCUCACUUUGAUGUUUACUUCCUUACUAGAAGCCAAAGGUAGAGGUGUUCAUCUUCAGAAAUAAUGCCUUCAUCUUCAGAAAUAAUCUUUUUAAAGGAGUCCAAUUAUUCAUAUCCUAUCUAUAGUAAGCACUUAAAUAUCCAGAACUUCUUUUUGAGGAUUUUUGUUAAAGUUGCCAGAUGAAGGGAAAAGGUCACUGGAAAUUGAACUUGCUUUCUUCAUUUAACAUAAACGUAGCACUCAGUGGUCCCCAUAACAAGCCUGUGACUAAUUUUCACCCGAGUGAUCGAAUCCAAAUCUCUCCGGUAACAUUUCAGGUGAAAAUUAUAUUGCACCAAAACUUUGAGACAUAUGCAAAUAUAAUAUGAAACUACCCUUUAUUAAUUUGUCUGUAAAUCAAAAUACUAACUUUAUGAAAACAUAAGAACCAUCAGUAUUGUCCAUCAAUAGUAAAAUGUCAAAUGAGCUUCUCAGUCAAAGUCAUGCCCCAAUGAGUGGAAGUGUGACUCCAAAAGGGAACAAAGUGAAAGCACGAUGUAGAAAUGGGCAAUGUGGAAAUUAAGGCCAAUUCAAGUUGUUUGAUGAUGAAAUCACCGUAGUGAAUACUGUGUCUGCUCCCCUCUGCCAAAGCUUCUAGGUCAAAUGGACCCCGUUCCACACCUGGAAUAGCUGUACAAAAAGAAGAAUGAGACUCUUUAGAUUAUGCACAUACACAUGCACACGUAUAUGUAUGUAUUUAUAUAUAUAUAUAUGUCUCUAGUUCGUCAACCAGCUAUCCACGAGGACCAAAAUGCUUCAGUCUAAAAUGGAAGAUUUAAAUUGUUUUCCUUCGAAGUGGAAGUGAGAACUGAAACAGCUUUUCUAUGGAGUUAAAAUGUAAUCUUUUUGCAUAACAGUCUUUGUUGUGUUUUAUAUUUCUUCUGACACAGAUUUCUAGUUGAUGGCUUAACAUUUGUAACGGAUAAUGUGUUGACUACAGCUUAUUUUUUUGCCAAACUAGGGAAAAUGUUCAUAUACUUUUGAUGUAAAUGUGUUUGUAUUUAUUUGAAAUGAAACAAAUGCCGAGGAAACAUCCAUUCUUUGUUCUCUGUUUUAAUUCCUACUUGUCUUACUUGGAAUCAUGAAAAAGCCGGAAAAGACACAGGACUCCCCCUGGGCUGGCCCGCAGUCCUGGGGCCAAGCCCAGCAGCAUUUCCACUCCUAAGGUUUCCAGCCAACCCUCAGGUUCUUCCACGUCGGUUGGAAAGGGGUAAAACAUCCGUGGCUCAGCCCGUGUGUAGCCAGCUCAGAGCUUAAAAGACACUGCAGUCCUGUAAUCUUCUGCGAGAUGAAAACUGAAGUGUGUACUGGAUCAUAUGCCCAAAAGUGGCCCAAAGAAAGAUAUAGAAAUUAUCCUGAAUACGCUGAAAGUCUCACAUGAUCCCAGCAACCUAAUGGGAAACUAUGCCAGUGUGUGGGCACAUGUACCAAGAAGAGAAAUAAAAAUCACCAGCUCAUGCUAUUUUCCACUUGAGGAGGAGACAGGAAAGAAACAUGUUGCAUUAAGGUAGUGCUCUCCGACAUUUUAUAAUCGAUUCCAUUUUCACCCUGAAAAUUUCUAUCUUAUAAUCUAUGUGAGAUAUUUUUAAAACAGUGUUCUAUCAUGUCUGGAUCAAAUACAGAUACUGUAUUAUAUAUUUCAUCUACGUGUAAAAGACUUUAAUCUCACUCUGUAAUACCCUGGAUUUAAUUAAAAACUCAUGCUGGGUUCUUCACAAAUGAGAACUUGUUCAAAGGACUUCUGAGAACUGGUAUUAAUUUCACUGAAAAAUUUUGACACCACCAUAUUGUUUUUUUAAUUCUUGGUGUUGUGUUCCCCUCCUUCCUCUGUCCUUUCUGUUUGUUUCGAGAAGAUGAGUUUCGAAAAAGUGGAUAAAUUGCUAAUGAGCAGUAAAUGACCUUAUCUUUACCAAAACCCUGAAAAUAAGGGAGAUCUAACACUGAAGAAGCACGAUAUACUGCGGAGUCUUUUUCUAGAAGUGAAUGGAAAUCUUGCUCAGUUGGCAUUUAAAGCAGGAUUUGCGAUGCCUGCUUUAAUGGUGAAGCAGCAUUAAAAUUUUUCCCCGUAGAGUAGCACAGAGAACAAGAAACAUUGCGGCAAAGCAGUGGCAGCCAUGCGACAUUAUCUCCACGGAGCUGCGUUCUGACUUCUCCCCACUCUUUCACUGCUAGAAAGAAGGAAGACAAAGGAACAAAAUGAAAUCAUGCUAUGAAUUGUUCACUGAAUCCAUCUCUCGCCCCCGCUCUCUUUCUCUUUCUCCCUCUUCCCCAGACCAAUUUUUUUCCUUUAAGAAACGACUUUAAAAACUAUGAAUUCUGUUUUUCACAUACAUCUCUUAGAAAUAAAGCUAGAUUUUCCACCUAGCUUUCUAAGAAAAACAAAAACAGAAAACAUUGUUCUUUUACCUUAAUGUGUUUUUUUUAGACUGUAUUUUAACCACAGCCACGGGGAUCAUGUUUCAUCGCACUUAACCUAUUCGCCGGUGUCUGCCUAUCCUGGGUAAAUAUGUUACUAUCUCCAAAUUGCCUAAAAUCUGCUAUGAUUCCACAGUAAAUAGCUCAGGGGAUUUCUAUUUAUCACUACUAAAAGGGCACCAUAGUAUGUCUGGGUACUUUAGGCAGUAAACAGCUGCUUGGUUUAUUAUUUUAUUAUUAAAUUAGGACAAGAACAUCAAAUGGAUUUGCUGCACUAGUAAUUCUUCGUACUGUUGAGCAACUAGGUUUGCUUAUCUGUUGUGUUGGUUGAAGAACUCAUCCUUUUUUUUGUCUUGUAAUAUGAAGUUAGAGUGCCUUUUUAUAUUUGUAUAUUCUGAAAAUGUUCUGUGAAAUGUUUGGUAUUUUUUUUCAUUUGAGUGUUAUCAGAGCAAUAUAAUACCAGUGAGUUUUCAUUUCAGCCUUUCUUUGAAUGUAUAAAGUGUCUUUUUCCUCCUUCCCCUUUUACCUGCUUUGAAAUGAAAAUGAAGAUGCAAAGUUUUCUAUAGGAGCUGUUUGAUUUUGCAGUGCUAAACUGCUUUCUUUUUACAAAACUGUAAACCAUAGGUCAGUGUUAUAGGGGAAGAGCAUUUUAAGAUAGUGACAAUCUGAGUGUGUGUAUAAAAGGUAAUUCUAAGCGUUUCUUAUGCAGUGAUCUAAAAAUUCAAUGCAAAUAUCAUUUGUUUGGUAGUUUUGUCUAUAUAUUUUAUGCUUUAGCAUGUGCAAUAUAUCUUUGUAAAGCGCGAUGAUACAAAUCUGGUGCCAGUGUUAUAUUUUGCAUAACAUAUUUGUAACAGCAUAAAAUAUUGUUUGAUGAUUUCAGUGGGAUUUUUGUCUGUAAUGUUUUCUUAUGUAAAUUGGAGUUGAAUGACUCUGGUAAAUGCCAUGACUGUAAAAAUGAGGAAAUGACUUUGAACCAAUCUGAAUCUUCUCAAGCACAGUUUAAUACUUUUUCAACUACUGAAUGCUAAUAAUGUAAUGAAGUACUUAACUGUAAUAUACUAUGGAAAUGCAUUCAGAUGGUUAUUUUUACAAAUAAAAGCGGUACAAAUAUUGUUGCAAUUUGUGUUCUUUAAUUUUUCCAGUUAUGCUAAUUUUACCAGUUAUUCUGCUAACUUAAACCU